AUGGUAUUGACACAAGAAAAGAAGGGAACGCGACUGGGAAAAUACGAGCUUGGGAGGACUCUUGGAGAAGGCAAUUUCGGUAAGGUAAAGUAUGCGAAAAACUUGGAUUCUGGCCAGUCCUUUGCUAUCAAGAUCUUGGAGAAGGACAGGAUCCUCGGCCACAAAAUAACCGAUCAGAUAAAGAGGGAGAUUGUAUCCUUAAAACUCCUCAAACAUCCAAACGUUGUCAGAUUACAUGAGGUCUUGGCAAGCAAAACCAAGAUAUACAUGGUCCUCGAAUAUGUGAAUGGCGGUGAACUGUUUAACAGAAUUGCAUCCAAAGGAAAACUCUCGGAAGUUGAAGGCAGGAAGCUCUUCCAUCAGUUAAUAGAUGGGAUUAGUUACUGCCAUAACAAUGGUAUUUUUCACAGAGAUCUCAAGCUAGAAAAUGUGUUGAUCGAUGCCAAGAGAAAUGUGAAGAUAACUGAUUUCGGCCUCAGUGCAUUACCACAUCAUCUUAGGGAAGAUGGAUUGUUGCAUACAACUUGUGGAAGUCCAAAUUAUGUUGCCCCUGAAAUUCUAUCUUGCAGAGGUUAUGAUGGUGCAACCUCAGAUACAUGGUCCUGCGGUGUUAUCUUGUACGUAAUUCUUACAGGGUACCUACCAUUUGAUGAUCGAAAUAUGGCAGUACUCUAUCAGAAGAUUUUCAAGGGGGACGUUCAGAUACCCAAGUGGCUAUCGCCAGGAGCCAAAAGCCUAAUAAAGAGGAUUUUAGAUCCCAACCCGCAUACACGGAUUACCAUGGAGGAGAUAAAAGAAGAUUUGUGGUUCAAACAAGACUACACUCCUGUAGAUCCUAUUGAAGAAGAAACAGAAAAAGGAAAUGCAUCAGAUGAUGAAGUAUCAUCAAUAUAUGAGCCAUCAGAUGCAGAAAAAGAUCCAGAAUCACCCACCCUCAUCAAUGCCUUUGAGCUGAUUGGAAUGUCCUCGUUCCUAGAUCUUUCCGGCUUCUUUGAAAAAGAGGAUGUUUCUGAGAGACAAAUCAGAUUUACAUCAAAUCAUUCCCCAAAAGCAUUGCUUGAGAGUAUGGAAAAUACAGCACUCCAGAUGGGAUAUCAAGUCCAGAAGAAAAAUGGAAAGUUGAAAGUAAUGCAAGUGCACAAAGGUCAGAAAGGCCCUGGCAAUCUCUCAGUAGCUGCAGAAAUUUUUGAGAUAAGCCCAUCCUUGUAUGUAGUUGAGUUGCGAAAAUCAUGUGGUGAUCCUACAGCAUACAGACAGUUGUGUAAAAAGCUAUCAAGUGAUUUGGGUGUAUCGGCAAGUCCAGAGCACCUAGCCGCAGAGGUCUAG